AUGGCCCUGGUCUCUGGCCCAGGCCGGGCUGGAGGCUCCUCGCUGGACCAGGAGUUGCAUACAUCAAAGCAUGUCGCUUACAUCAAGAAUCUGGACACUAGGAAAGAAGAGUUGGAGUAUUGGCUGACUGAGCACCUACGACUGAAUGGGGUCUACUGGGGCUUGACGGCCCUCCACUUACUCGGUAGUCCAGACGCAUUAUCCAGAGAUGAAACCAUUGAUUUUGUACUAUCCUGUCAAAAGGAAAAUGGUGGAUUUGGAGCUGCCCCUGGUCAUGAUGCUCACAUGCUCUACACCGUCUCUGCAGUUCAGAUUUUGGUCAUGAUCGAUGCAGUUGAUGAGCUUGAUAAAAGAGGCCUUGGGGGCAAGCAGAAAGUGGGCUCUUUCAUCGCCAGUCUACAGAAUCGUGAGGAUGGCUCCUUCAUGGGUGAUGAAUGGGGUGAGACCGAUACUCGGUUCCUGUACGGCGCUUUCAAUGCCCUGUCGCUCCUUGGUCUUAUGGACCUGAUUGACGUCCCCAAAGCCGUUGCCUACGUUCAAAGUUGCGAGAACUUGGAUGGGGCCUAUGGUCUUUUCCCUGGUGCUGAAUCCCACUCCGGUCAAGUAUUCACCUGCAUUGGAGCCCUCUCCAUUGCUGGACGCUUGGACUUGGUCAACAAAGAUCGGCUGGGUGCCUGGCUCAGUGAACGCCAAAUUGAUAAAGGGGGCUUUAACGGUCGACCCGAAAAGCUUCCUGACUCUUGUUACACCUGGUGGGUUGGAUCUAGUCUAGCGAUGAUUGAUCGCCUACAUUGGAUCGAUGGCAAGAAACUCGCUGGAUUCGUCUUGCAAUGCCAGGAUCCCGAAGGUGGUGGUCUAGCUGACCGACCUGGCAAUAUGGUCGAUGUCUACCAUACCCACUUUGGCAUAGCAGGGCUCAGUCUUCUUGGAAUUGAAGGUUUACAGGAGAUCGAUCCUGUUUAUUGUCUUCCAAAAUCAGUGAUUGCUCGUGCUCUUGGAAAGUGA